UCUCUUUUUCUUCCUCAAAUUCCCAAAUCCAAUUUCAACCCUUUCAUUCUUCUUCGCACAAUCAACAUUCAAUUCAACGCUAAUCAACCUCAAUUCCUCCUCCCUUAUCAGUUAUCACUCUCUUCCGAUUUUUGAUUAGGGUUAUUGUAUAAUUUGUAUUAUACCAUUUACAACCAUACUUUGUUUAUUUUUUUCUUUCAAUUUUGUAUUUUUUUCAUAAUUCAAUAUCAUUAUUGAUCGAUGUAUUCAUUCCCCACCUUGUAAUCUAGUUUCAUCAAUAUCUAUAUCAAUUAUAUGUAAAUUAGGUUUAGGAUUUGGAUUAGGGUUUGUAUUUUACUUCAUCUGCUAUGGAGAAUUUGCGAAGACCGAUUGAUAGAUCCAAAGAACCGAUUUUGAAGCGACCCAGAUUGAUAAAAGAUCCGCGACAUGCGGAAUCGAGUGCUCCGAUGUUUCCACAGAGACAACAGCAAGUUACUUCUGCUUCACGGUUCAGACAGAAUGAUACAGAUGUGGAAAAUAAUGAAGAUGGUUACCAGCCUCAGCCGCUGCCGUUUCAGGAGCUUGUGGCGCAGUAUAAGAGUGGGCUUGCGGAGCUGACUUUCAAUUCGAAACUGAUAAUUAACAACCUGACUAGAAUUGCGGACGAAAAUCGAGCUGCUGAGAAGGCUAUUGCUGCUACUAUAUGUGCUAACAUUCUAGAGGUUCCUAGUGAACAAAAGCUGCCAUCUCUUUAUCUCUUAGACAGUAUUGUUAAGAAUAUUGGGCGGGAUUACAUAAAAUUCUUUGCUGCCAAACUACCCGAGGUGUUCUGCAAGGCAUACAAACAGGUUGAACCUCCUGUCCGUCAAAGUAUGAAACACCUUUUUGGAACUUGGAAAGGAGUCUUUCCUCCUCAGACCCUUCAGGCUAUAGACAAAGAACUAGGCUUCACUCCAGCAGUCAAUGGUUCGUCUUCAGCAUCUGCUGCACUCAGGAGUGAUUCACAGACACAUCAUCCAUCUCACAGUAUACAUGUGAAUCCCAAGUAUUUUGAGAGACAGCGUGUUCAGGAGUCCAGCAGGAGUAAUCAGCACACUCAUAGAGACCCAUUCAAUGACCCUGUUCCAGAAAAGAGCAUCAGUGCAUCCUAUGGAGGCGGUGAACAUGGUUCCAAUCUCUCAAGGAAUAUGGGCAUGGGUAUUGGCAGAACUGAUGGCAGCAUAACUGAGUUAGGACACCGCAAUUUGUACAACAAAGCUGCUGGUGUUUCAGGGACCAUAUCUGGGCAAAGAAAUGGUGUUGGCCUGAAGCAUAGUUUUUCAAAUACUGAAGCUACUACUAUUUCGGAUGCACAACAUCAGCCAACACGAAACAUAACUGGCAUAAAGAGAAAUGCAAUGUCAAAUAGCUGGAAAAAUUCCGAGGAAGAGGAGUACAUGUGGGAUGACAUGAACAUUGGAUUGACUAGUCAUGGUGUCCGUAACAACUUGGGCAAUGAUGCUUGGACUGCUGAUGAUGAGAAUUUGGACGCUGAAGAGAACCACCACCAAAUCAGAAAUGUUUUUGGGACAAAUGUUGAUAGAGAAAUGACCAAUAGAUCUCAAGCCACUCAAAAGAAACAAUUUCGGCAUCAUCCGUCGUUAUCAUGGAAAUUGCAGGAGCAUCAAUCAAUUGAUGAAUUGGAUCAGGAAUUGGGUCCCUCGGAUGGAUGUAUGUCAAUCUCUGGUUCCUUACUAGGCAAUGCAAAUUCUUCUGCUGCCAGGAUGGGGAAUCGUGCUUUCCUGCCCAAUGCAAGAAUUGGAGGACAACAGUUUCAUUCUGUGGGAUCUGAAUCCAUUUCAGGGCAGUCACCUUUGCGACAACGCUCUCCUUCGCCACCAAGUAUCGACCACUCUCAUCUAAUAGAAAAUUUCGAUAAGCAAGACCAUCCUCACAGUCGUAAAACAUCUCAGUUUUUGGGAGGCCUGCAAAGCAAAUAUAUUAAAGAUUCUUCACCCACCCUUUCUCCUAAUAUUCAGGUUGGAGACUUGCGAAGAUCAUCACAGGUAAAAGACUUGCAGGGUCCAUUACCUUCAGCGAGUUUUCAGCCAAGGUAUCAGCAACAACUGAGCGCUUCUCCCACUGAAGUAAAUGUUAAGACUAAGAAGCUACCCUUGUCCAAUGUUUCUUUAGCCCGAGAAACCUCAGAGCAGCCAGCCACAAGUCAUACAGAAAUUGCAAGUGUGAAGAGUAGACUAUUCUCCAACAUGCCAAUUACUAGUAAUCUUCCAUCUCUAUUAGGGUCUCGGCCUUCUCAGUCAGGCGGUUCUUCCCCUGCCACAUUAAUUUCUUCAGUGUCUGCCAAUGCUUCUCCAUCUUCAUCUGCUUUGCCAAAAAGACCUCAAAGAAAGGCUGGACAAUCAAUAAGGACAUCUACUCUACCACCAGCUUCCUCGAAUGUUAGCAGUGCCUCAGCCCAGACAUUGGAUGCUACAAAUAAAACCUCAAAUCCACUUUCAAACCUUUUAAGCUCAUUAGUUGCAAAGGGUUUGAUAUCCACAGAAACUGAGACACCAGCUGAGGUGGUGUCUCGAUCGGAAGAUUACUGCGACAGCUUUAGUACCAGUAGCUCUAUGCCUGUUGCUUCAUUGUCUGGUUCUGCAGUUGUCCCUGUCCCUUCUACUAAAGAUGAGUUAGAUGAUACUGCAAAAACAUCUACGUCCUUAUCUGAAUCAACCAGCACAGAUAUUAGAAAUGUCAUUGGCUUUGAGUUUAAGCCUAAUGUAAUCAGAAAAUUGCAUCCAUCUGUAAUUAGUGGAUUAUUUGAUGAUUUUCCACAUCAUUGCAGCAUUUGUGGCCUUAAGCUCAAACUCCAAGAGCAGUUUAAUAGACACUUGGAGUGGCACGCCACAAGAGAAAGAGAACACAGUGGUUUAACUAAAGCAUCAAGAUGGUAUCUGAAGUCAACUGACUGGGUUGCUGGCCAAGCUGAAUGUUCAUCUGAAAAUGAGUUUACUGACUCUGUAGAUUCACAAGACAAGGAAACAGACGAAAGUCAAGAGGAUGCAAUGGUUCUGGCAGAUGAAAACCAGUGCUUAUGUGUGCUAUGUGGCGAGUUAUUUGAAGAUGUUUACUGUCAGGAAAAUAGUGAGUGGAUGUUCAAAGGGGCUGUUUACGUGACUAAUUCAGAUAGCGAUACUGAGACGGGAAUCAAAGAUACGAGUUCUGGAAGGGGUCCUAUCAUUCACACAAGAUGCUUAUCAGAUAACUCGUUAUCGAGUGUCCUCAAGAUGGAACAAGAUUGAAACAAGCUUAGAACACUGGAGCUUUGAUGUUAACAAGAAUUAACAAACUGAGUAAACCCAGGUUUACUUCACUUUUAGCGAAUCUUGAUAUCUCUUCAUGCUGAAUUUAUUUCUCUAAUUGGUUUCUAGAGCUGGCAAACAAAUUUUGUGCUCCAGUUUUUUGUUCUUGUUUUCCUUUUCCUUGUUCCUAUUUUUAUUACUUGUAAUCAGGAGGACACUUUAAUUCCUCAGUGUUCAAAGUAUAUAUAUAUACAUGCAAUAGUUUUUACAGCUCAACUCUUUGCUCAUUGAUGUGGUUGUAUUGUAACUUAAUUUUGUAUGAUAAAGCAGAUUUGUGGUUUUUAUACAGCAUCUGGCUGUAAUAUGAAGCAAGGCACUUAAGCCAUUGUCGCAAAUGUUGGGUGGCAGUCUGUAUCAUUAUAAUUUCAAAUUUCUACUGUAUUGAUGGUUCCCCUUCCUACAUGGGCAUUACAUUUGUAAUUUCCUGAAAUUCAGUUUCUUUGUAAUA